GCCAGGGUGGGGAGGACGGUUGCGGGUCAUCAUUGGCCUGUGACCGUCUCGCCGCACCCACACCAGUCUCCCCAACUUUAAUGCUCGACACCCCAACAUCGACGACUACAGUACAGGGAUAAUGGUUACCUGGUCAUAGUAAUAGGAUAUUGCAAUUGAAACACCGUGGAUGGCACGUCUGCUAACAGCCAGCUAAAAGCAUCCUUUGGACUUGCACUUUCAGUCCACAAUGGGUAGCCACUUCCGAAGCUACAUCUGGGACCCUGUUCUCAUUGUGUUUCAAAUUGUGUUGAUGCAGUGCAUCUACUAUAGCUUUCUCGGCUUGUGGUUGGCAGGAGUGGACAGUCUGGUGCAAACACAUGGUUCACUGGACCAGAUCUUCAGCUAUGAAAUGCUUGGUUUUGCAUCAAUGCAGGGCAGGUUCUCAAUGAUGGCGUUCGUUUUGAACUCUCUUACCUGCGCUCUGGGCUUGUGGUUCUUCAUUCGCCGAGGGAAGCAGUGCCUGGACUUCACCGUCACGGUGCACUUCUUCCAUUUGAUCAGCUGUUGGAUCUAUAAUUCUCACUUUCCCUCCUCGCUGUCCUGGUGGCUCGUCAACUUGGCCUGCAUGGCGUUGAUGGCGGUAAUAGGGGAGUACCUUUGCAUGCGGACUGAGCUCAGGGCCAUCCCAGUCAAUUCUGGACCCAAGUCUAACCUUUGAAUUGUUUGCUUGCCACCCUGCUGAAAAUGGACAGUUUGAGACACCUUAGAAAAACGCUUCUCACAGGAGGAUAAUCUUCCUCUGCUCAGAGAACGCAAACAUGGCACAUGCAUUGGACUGAUUAUUGUGUAUCUGCUUAACAUCAGAUGCACUGCCAUAUUUAUUGACGACUCUCCAUUAAGCUAUGGACACUUUUAUCUGUGCAGCCAUUAAUACACGCGCUAACUGUAAAUGCUUCUCAGAGACAAUUGGCUGCAUCUCAUCUUUGAGCUUCAUGUGAAUGUGAACUGCUUAAUUUCUUGGUUAUCUUUUUUUAUGUAAAUAUAUUUUAAAUCUUAGCCUACUUUCAGUCAAAUGUCUUUAUGCAAACUGGUUUGAGCUGAAAAGAAACAUUGAAGUAAACAUAUUACAAUUUUUAUUUUUCUCAAAAUAAAAAAAAAUGAUAGUUAAGCUAUUACAGCUACCGCUAAUUCAAUGUCCGAACAAAUGCGGUUUUGUUCCCCCACCCACCCAUCAUUUAAUUUGAAUGUAUGAGGAAAGGUUUCCACUUUCAGACUUCUUACCCCCUCUGGCUGAGGUCAGAUUGAGCUUGAAAAACUUUUUUUUCCCAAAUGUGUUUAGCAUUUUACACAGCAAGCGUUUGCUUCAUCCUCCCCUUGUCAUAAUACGUUAUGCCAACAUGGCGGUCUCCUUAGGAGGGCUUUGUCAGCCACCAGCUGUAUCCUGACAGCAGAAUGUCUCUGUUCCAGGAAAUGCUGUUACUCUUUGAGGAGCUGCAAUAUCAGAAAAAUCUGUUUAUGUGAGAUGCAAAUAAUUCAAGAACAUUUUUAGCAUUCUUAUUUGGAGCUUUUAAACCCUGUCUUAAUGAAUCAUUCAAGUUUCUCUAUACCAAGUGGUUUGACGGUACAGCUUUCCAUUUUUUUCCAGGAUUAAAGCUGUCAUUUUACAAGAAUUAAGUCAUGUGUUAUGAUAAUAAAGGUGUAAUGAUAUUACACAAAUGAAUUCCCAUUUAGAGCGCAAGGAUCAAGCUGCAUUAAGAUGUGGGGCUUUUUUCCACAAAGGUUGAAAGAAUGUUUUGGAUAUUACCUCUUUUGUUGGGUUUGUUCAAUCUAACUGCAAGUCUUUUAAACACGUAUUUAAUUAUAUUUAACAGAAUGUCAGUAUCGUGAAUACAUGCCAGGUCUGUAGAGAGAGACAUUGGCUACUGGUAGUCCCUGACUGUUGUUUAUUUUUGUGUAUUUUUUUUUUCUCUCCUUAACAACAACUUUUUCUUUCCCCAGAUUUUUUUAAUGCAACUGCAGCAUUACAACUUCAUUCUCGUAACAUUAUACUUGUAUCUUCCUUCCCCCCCCCCUCAUAAGUUUACUUUUACAUUGCUACCCUAACGUAAAGUUAUACUCAACACAAGGAUUUUUAAAUAUCUAAUACUGCCUUGCAUCUUGAUAUAGCAACUCUGGUUUACAUGUUAUUUGAGAACAAAGUAUCUAAGAGAUGGACCUAUUCUUGUGAUGUAAAAUCCCCCCAAAAAAGUGUGUUUUUAAUAAAACACCAUCAGUUCA